UAUUAACCGAGUACUUCACGCUAAAUGACUCAAGAUGGUAGAAUGUGACGGUGAAGCCGACAACUUCCACAAACAAGGUAUAAGACACAAGGAAAAACCUGAAAGAAUGAAUGAAUUAUCGUCGCGCGUAAUAUUUUAUCUCCAGUAGGUUAACUAUUCGAGCCGAAAGAGUAAGGACCGGGAAGGAAAAGUGUCCGAUUGGCAUCCUAGCGGUCCUCCACCCUCGAUCCUCGAUCCUUCAAACAUUUCGAGUCUCAGCGCUAGGAUCUCGUGACUCACCGCACUGGCUGGUAUAAAAUCGAAGAGGUUGACGACACCUCGACUUGUAUAAAAUCGUAAAAAAAAAUCAUUCCCUCUAAUCAAUUUCAAAGCCUUUUUUAACAAUAAUUAUUGAAUUAUAAGAUCAUACAUACCGGAUACAUAGAACUGCUUAAUUCAACAACCAUGACAGAUAAUAAGCCCACGCUCCACCACCUAGAGAACUCACAAUCUCAUAUCACGCUAUGGCUCCUAGAGGAACUAGGCAUAGAGUACAACCUAGUGAAGCACGCGCGCAUCAAGAACCGGGCGCCCCCGGCGCUGUUCGCGGUGCACCCGAUCGGGAAGUCGCCGACGCUCGUCACGCCUUCGGGCCGCGUGCUCACGGAGCGGUCCGCCAUCGCGCUGUGGCUCAUCAGCACUUACGACGAGGGCGCCAAGUUCAGGUUACCUACCCCUACCCCGAGCAAGACCGGGAGUGAAGACGACGCGGUACGCGAGGACCAGCUCAUCUCCAUAGGCGGCGCCACGCUGUGCCCCAUGCUGACGCUGAAGCUCGUCUUCGCCCUCACCGUCAAGCAGACGCCGUUCCCGCUGCGCCCGCUGCCCGCGCUGAUCGCGUACUUCGUCAACCGCGUGUUCCUCGACGCGGAGCUGCGCAAGCUGUUCGGGUACCUGGACGCGCAGCUCGCGCUUCCGGACGGCAAGGGCGAGGGGGAGAGGAUGUGGUUCCUGGGCACCGAGGAGCCGACGCGCACGGAUUUCUCGCUGAUGUGGUAUGUCGAUUGGGCGGUCCAGUGGGGGUGGAUCGAUAUGGAGAAGUACCCCCGCUUGAAGGCGUUCCAUGAGAGGUGUACGGCGCGGCCGGCGUGGAAGAGGGCGCUGGAGAAGGGGAAUGGGUAUAAUGUUGCGUUUUAGUGAUAAGGUGUUGUUAUGCCCUAAGUUUACGAAGGGUUAUUAUGUCGUGAUUUUUUUUCUUUCUUUUAAGUUAUUUCAGUGAACUUAAACCAAAGCCCCGCUUUUGCUUUAUACCUUUUUA